AUGGAUCUAUUGGCAAUGAAUCAAGUUCUCGAUACAAAUGUAAGAGGUCUAAUUUAUUGCACUCAGGCGGCUUUUAAAAGUAUGAAAGAACGUGAAUUUGCUGGUCAUAUUGUUCAUAUAAAUAGUAUUCAUGGACAUAGAGUUCCUGAUUGGUCAGAAAGUACCAAUAUUUAUACACCAACAAAAUUUGCUGUAACUGCAAUUAAUGAAGUAAUACGCCAGGAACUUAAUAAUUUGGGGACGAAAAUUAAAACAACGAGCGUCAGCCCUGGUGUAGUGCGUACUGAAUUAGCUCCAGAUGAAGUGUUUGAUCAAAUUGGAUGCUGUUUGAACCCGGAAGAUGUAUCACAAGCUGUAUUGUUUGCCAUCUCAACUCCACCGCAUGUUCAAAUUCAUGAAAUUAUUGUUAAACCAGUUGGUGAAAAGCUGUAA